AUGGCAUCUUCCUCUAUGGAUGUUUCCCAUCAUCAUGAAAUACUGAUCAAUGAUGGAGAUGACACGGAACGGAUAGAAGGAAAACAAAAACAAACGUUUCUUCAAUUACUAUCAAAAGCCAUUCCAACAAAUUUCAUAUCACGAUGCUGGGGUAAUAUCGGUAGUACAGAAAUUUAUCCAGAAUUAUUCAGGCCUCUCAUCUACAAUGUCUAUGGAUGGAUGUAUUCGGUAAAUAUGGAAGAAAUUGAAAAACCUCUCGAAGAAUAUGCAAGUCUUCAAGACUUUUUCUCCCGAAAGUUAAAGCCUUCAGCAAGACCAUCAUUGAGUGUCCAACACAAGAGAAAGAUACUUCAAAAAUAUGAUUUGGAUGAAACCACAGAGUUGAAUGAAAUCGAACGAGAUUAUCUUCACGCUGAGAUGGUGAGUCCAGUUGACGGAACGGUAGCACGAUUUGGUACUCUCUGUGUGGAAUUGAAUGAAUUGGACGAAACAUAUGAACAUGUUUUCUUGCCACAAGUCAAAGGAGUUACUUAUUCCAUGCAAGAACUUUUACAAAAAGAAAAGAGAAACACACAGUCAAACACAGGUCAUUAUUUUGAUUAUUAUCAAAUUCCUACAUCAAAAAGCAGAGGCGGAUAUUGCAAACAAACAGAUGAAAUCGUUGUUGGGGAAGAUUUUACGGAGCCAGCCAUUGAUAACACAAGCUCACAAGAUGACAUUGCCUCAACUCCACAAAACACAAAACAGAAGAAGAAAUUGCACUACUGUGUAUUAUACUUGGCACCAGGAGAUUAUCACCGGUUUCAUAGUCCUUGUGACAUGACCAUUGAGUCACGAAAACAUAUUUAUGGAAAGCUGUAUCCAGUAAUGCCCUUAUAUCUUAAUAGGUAUCCUAACCUAUUUACUCAAAACGAAAGAGUUGUUUUGAAUGGUAAAUGGACAUAUGGAAAUAUGCAUUAUGUAAUUGUUGGAGCUUUAAACGUUGGAUCAUUUGUUGUGAAUUUUGAUAACUCUCUACGAACGAAUGUAAAACGGCCAAGAAAAAAGAAGGCACAGAAUGCUUCGACAGCCAUUCCUCAACGCUCAUCUGAAAAAGUAGACACUUGGGAUAAAAAGACGAAAGAAGAACAUAUCAAGGAUCCUGAACAAGGAGAAGAGAUUGUUGUUCUUUCUCGAAACUAUGUGCAAGGUGGGCUCUCUAUUGAAAAGGGAGAAGAAAUGGGAUACUUCAAGCUUGGAAGCACAAUUAUCCUUAUUUUUGAAAGCAACGAAGAUGAUAACCUUGCAUUCAAUAUUCAAAAAGGCCAAAAAGUUAAGUUAGGCGAUGUAAUACUUGUGAAGAAAAACAACAAUCAAUAG